AUGCCAACAGUUCAGCUAAAGAACAACAGCCAGCCAGACAUCACAUAUCUUCCAAACUACAAAAAAUGGAAGGCAAGAACUGCCCAUCGUUUGGAAAAAGAAAUUCUGCCGACCGAUUUACCAGCAAAGUUCCCAAAAAGGCUAUAUGGUCCAAAGGUUUGGACAGGAAGUGAUUAUGAAGGCAAAGAAGGCCAAUGGAUCUACACAAUGUCCAAAGAUGAACUACAAGAGAUACAUAUAGCAAUACUAGCAUUCGAAAAAACCAAAAGGCCUCUGUUUGAUAUCAAUCAGGAUACUUUCCCCCUGUGUUUUCUUGGACCAACAAUCAAGAAAUUGAUCCACGAAGAUGUGGUUGAUGGCCGUGGAUUCUUGAUCCUCCGUGGCCUGGACCCAGAAAAGUAUACGCGCCACCAGCAAAUAAUUGCUUAUGCAGGAAUAUCUUCUUAUGUUGGUAGAAGAGGUCUACAAGGUGCACAUGUAUUGUAUCAUAUUAAAGACAUGGCUCCAGAAAGAGGCAUCGAUACAAUUCUUGCUCCAUCAUACACCAAUGACCACCAAGUUUAUCACACAGAUGCUGGAGAUAUCAUUUCCCUUUUUGCCAUCGGAGUGGCCGAAUUAGGUGGAAAAUCAAAGAUCGCUUCAAGUUGGACAGUUUACAACAAGUUGGCAUCAACAAGACCUGAUCUUAUCCAUACACUGUCCGAACCAUGGACAUUUCAGAGUCUUAGUGAUAUUAACGAACACAUGUGCUAUAAACGACCUCUUCUUUACUACGAAGAUAACCACUUGAUUAUUCAAUAUGCUCGUCGUAAAUUCACAGGGUUUGGGUGUAAGCCUAGAAGUGAAAGUAUUCCUCCAAUUACCGAAGCACAAGCAGAGGCACUGGAUGCUCUCCACUACAUUUCAGAAAAAAACCAUUUGGAUAUCGAGUUUAAGAAAGGGGAUAUUCAAUACAUAUCAAAUCUAUCAAUAUUUCACGCUAGAGAAGGGUUUAUAGACAGUACGGUUAAUCGGCGUCAUUUAUUACGAUUAUGGCUUCAUCCAGAGAACCCAUGGAAGCUUCCCGAACAACUCCAACCAUUAUGGAAUGCUAUAUUUAAUCACAACCACAAAGAGACAUUUCCUCCUGAACCAGUCAUUAGAUGGUAG